GUAACAUCUGAACAUACCAAACCAAACAAACAAACUCUUGCACCACCACUACUACCACACUGUACCACAAAGAAAUGCCACUCUACGUGGAUUCCAAGCAGGCUAAAAAGAAAAAGAGUUGACUAGAUCUCAGACCCACUAAACGGGAUGACGGCCACAGCUGCAGUGGAAACACCAAAAAUGAAGAAGAGUGCCUCCAAAGAAGAGAAGCAGCAACCUAACCAAGACAGCACAGAACAGGGCAAUGCUGAUUCUGAAGAGUGUAUGAGCUCUGAGAGUGACCCUGAACAGAUGAGCCUUAAGAGCAGCAACAGCAGUGACAAUAGCUGCCAACCUGGAGUUGUUCAGUUGAAGAAAAAGGAGAUUCCCUUCAAGCCACACCGCCAGCUCUGUAGAUCACCCUGCCUAGAUCGUCCAAGCUUCUCCCAGAGCAGCAUUCUACAGGAUGGGAAGGUUGACUUGGAAAAAGAAUACCAAGCCAAGGUGGAUUUUGCUCUAAAGUUGGGCUAUGCAGAGGAACAGAUUCAAUCAGUGCUGAACAAGCUGGGCCCAGAAUCACUUAUUAAUGAUGUAUUGGCAGAGCUUGUCAGACUUGGGAACAAAGGUGAUUCAGAAGGGCAGGUCAACUUGAGUCUGUUAGUGCCCCGGGGUCCCAGCUCCAGAGAGAUUGCAAGCCCUGAACUGUCUCUUGAAGAUGAAAUAGACAGCAGUGACAAUUUGAGGCCAGUUGUCAUUGAUGGAAGUAAUGUGGCAAUGAGCCAUGGGAAUAAAGAAGAGUUCUCUUGCAGAGGAAUACAACUAGCUGUGGAUUGGUUUCUAGAUAAAGGCCAUAAAGAUAUUACUGUAUUUGUGCCUGCAUGGAGAAAGGAGCAAUCCCGACCUGAUGCACUAAUUACAGAUCAAGAUAUCCUACGAAAACUAGAGAAGGAGAAGAUUCUUGUCUUCACACCAUCCCGAAGGGUCCAAGGCAGGAGAGUUGUCUGCUACGAUGACCGGUUCAUAGUCAAACUGGCUUUUGAUUCUGAUGGCAUCAUUGUAUCCAAUGAUAACUAUCGAGACCUUCAAGUCGAAAAGCCAGAAUGGAAGAAGUUUAUAGAAGAACGAUUGCUGAUGUAUUCUUUUGUGAAUGACAAAUUUAUGCCUCCAGAUGAUCCUUUAGGACGCCAUGGUCCAAGCCUUGAAAAUUUCUUAAGAAAGAGACCUGUUGUUCCUGAACACAAGAAGCAACCAUGCCCUUAUGGCAAAAAAUGCACCUACGGCCACAAGUGCAAAUACUACCAUCCGGAGCGGGCCAACCAACCCCAGCGUUCGGUGGCUGAUGAGCUCCGCAUCAGUGCCAAACUAUCCACAGUGAAAACUAUGAGCGAAGGCACCCUGGCCAAAUGUGGCACAGGGUUGUCUAAUGCCAAAAGUGAGAUAACCUCAGAAGUCAAGCGUGUGGCUCCUAAGCGCCAAUCAGAUCCCAGCAUCCGGUCAGUGGCUGUGGAACCUGAGGAAUGGCUGUCCAUUUCCCGUAAGCCGGAGGCCAGCUCUGUACCUUCACUUGUGACCGCCCUAAGUGUCCCCACAAUCCCACCCCCCAAAAGCCAUGCAGUGGGUGCACUCAACACCCGUUCGGCCAGUAGCCCAGUGCCAGGAUCCUCUCAUUUCCCCCACCAGAAGUCCUCAUUGGAGCACAUGGCCAGCAUGCAGUAUCCCCCCAUCCUGGUUACCAACAGCCAUGGGACCCCUAUUAGUUAUGCCGAGCAAUACCCAAAGUUUGAGUCCUUGGGGGACCAUGGCUACUAUUCAAUGUUAAGUGACUUCUCCAAAAUGAACAUCAACAGCAUGCAUAAUCGAGAGUACUACAUGGCUGAAGCAGACUCUGGGGUGUAUGCCAGGAAUCCCAACCUCUGUCCAGACAGCCGUAUGAGCCAUACCAGGAAUGACAACUAUUCCUCUUACAACAACCUGUACUUGGCUGUAGCUGAUGCCCAUCCUGAAGGCAGUUUGAAGCUGCAUCGCUCAGCAUCUCAAAACCUUCUUCAACCUUUUCCUCAUGGUUACCAUGAAGCCUUAAUGCGAGCACAGAGCUAUGGCCCAGAGGAUUCUAAGCAAGCCCCUCACAAGCAGUCAGUCCCCCACUUAGUUCUGCAUGCCCAGCACCCAGCAACUGGAGCACGCUUCAGCUGUCCUGGAGACUACCCCAUGCCUCACAAUAUCCAUCCUGGGGCAACUUCCCAGCCAGGACGUGCCCUAGUGAUGACUCGGAUGGACAGCAUUUCUGACUCCCGCCUCUAUGAGAGCAACCCCAUGAGGCAAAGACGGCCUCCUCUGUGCCGGGAACAACAUGCUAGCUGGGACCCACUGCCUUGUACAACUGACUCCUAUGGCUACCAUUCCUAUCCCUUGAGUAACAACCUCAUGCAACCAUGCUAUGAACCAGUGAUGGUACGGAGCGUACCUGAAAAGAUGGAGCAGCUUUGGAGGAAUCCUUGGGUCGGAAUGUGCAAUGAUUCCAGGGAGCAUAUGAUCCCAGAGCACCAGUAUCAGACCUACAAGAACCUCUGCAAUAUUUUCCCUUCCAACAUCGUCCUUGCAGUGAUGGAGAAGAAUCCUCACACAGCAGAUGCCCAGCAGCUGGCAGCCUUGAUUGUUUCUAAGCUUAGGGCUGCACGUUGA